GUUUGGAUGAGUCGCUCAAAUCAGUAAUCAAACACUUGUUUUUGUAGGUAUAAAGUGUAAUUAAUUAGAUUUUGAUAACAAGUAGGUGUACUUCCUACUCUCACAACAACAACACAUUUAUAAGGACUACAUAUGAGGACAAACAUUGGAGUACAAUCACAAGAUCCAUUCAAAAUCUUAAAAAAGAAGUCAUGAAAAUCAAAAAUCGUCUGUUUUUUGGAGCUUUGAAUCAACAAUGGGGAUUGCUCAUCUCGUUGGUGAUGUUUACUCUAUUGGCAAGCUGUUCUUCGUCCAAGGAGGGCCAGUGUGUUUGGUACGGAGAAUGCUGGGAUCCACCUACUAAAGAUGGUGCUAUGUCAAAGAAGCUCAAUUGUCCAUAUUCUGGUCCUGCCAAGCAGAUGAACAAUACAAUUGGGCUGCAGAAGCUUCAAGAGCUAUGUCCACAAUAUAUAGGCUCUAAUAUGACAUGCUGUAGCUGGGAGCAGUUAGUAACCCUGGACUCGAGUCUUACUGUUCCUCGACAAAUGUUCUUCAGAUGCCCAUCCUGCUUCCGUAACUUCCUCAACCUCUAUUGCUCUCUUACCUGUGAUCCUCAUCAGUCUGAUUUCGUAUACGUUAGGGGCAUCAACAAGGCAGCAAAUGACUCAAUUGACAGUAUUGACUAUGUCGUAUCGGAUGAUUUUGCAAAUGGAUUAUUUAAUUCAUGUAGGGAUGUACAGAUGCCAAGUUCUAAUGCAAAAGCUAUUGGAGUUUUCUGUGGGACUGAUGCGAAUAAAUGCACUGCUAAAAAGUUCCUGACUUUUAUGGGAACUUCUUCAUAUGCUCCUUUCAAUAUCAAUUUUAAUUUGACUAACAAUGCAACAACAGAUGGACCAAAUGGUACAUACCACAUGACCCCCCUCAAUCAGACAGUUCACCCCUGCAACCUGCCUCUCAACAACAAAUCCUCCCCCUGCAGCUGUCAGGACUGUGAAGCCCAGUGUUCCCCUCUACCUCCUCCAAUCAAGCCAGCCUCGAGAUGGAAGAUUCUUGGGAUAGAUGGAUUUAUAUUUAUUGGCUCAUCAGUAUUUGCAGGAUUCGUUAUACUGUUUGGAACCUGGCAGAUAUGUAGUUUUGUCAUCGGGGAAGAUAACCCAAGGAUGGAUGAUGCUGCCUUGGUGUCAAUAGAUGGCGACUUAUUACAUUCCGCUGAAAGAGCUGGAGUAAGUCUCGUUGAUGAAAAUGACAUCAAUUGUUUUGACAAAAUUGGUGUAGGGAUGGAACGCUUGCUGGAAACUAUAUUCACACGCUGGGGCUGUAUGUGCGCCAAAUACCCCAUAUAUACUCUGGUAGUAGGAUUCAUAUGUUGUGCAGCCCUUAUUGCUGGUAUAAGUUUGUUUAAAGUAACAACAGAUCCAGUGGAACUCUGGUCUUCCCCCGACAGUAGAGCACGACAAGAGAUGAACUAUUAUGAAGAACAUUUUACGCCAUUCUACCGUACUGCACAGAUCAUAAUAACUGCUAAAAACUCCACCCCUUGGAAGAGGGAGGAUUCUGGUAGUAGCCCUACUUCAAGGAUGAUUGGAGCUGUACUUAAACUAGACAUCUUAGAAGAGGUGCUACAUUUGCAAAAUCGACUCGCCAAUAUCACUGCUUAUGAUAGCAAACAUGGUGUUGAUGUUAGGCUUGAAGAUAUCUGCUUUGCCCCUUUAUCACCUGAUAACAACAACUGCACCAUUCAGAGUCCCCUCAACUAUUUCCAAAACAGCAUGGAGAAUCUAAAUAAAAAUUUCUGGGAUGACUUCCAUUUUAUACGCUAUGCUGACUAUAUAGAUCAUAUCCUUUACUGUGUCAGAGACCCCACUGCCAUCAAUGACACACAGAAUUCUUUACUUGACCUGCCAUGUAUGGGAACAUAUGGGGGACCAGUCAUGCCUUUUGUGGCCCUUGGAGGAUAUGAAGAUGACAAAUACUACACUGCUAAUGCUGUGAUUGUAACAUUUAUAAUCAAUAACUAUAAGAAAAACAGCACAUUCAUUGACCUUGCCAUGACGUGGGAGAAAGAAUACAUUCGUAUUUUGAAAGAUUAUAUGAAGGAUGUUCCAGAUAGCAAUAUAUCAAUAGCAUUUACUUCAGAAAGGUCCAUUGAAGAUGAAUUGAACAGAGAGAGUCAAUCAGACAUUGCUACAAUUCUCAUCAGCUACAUGAUCAUGUUUGUGUAUGUCUCUAUUGCACUUGGGAGAUAUAACAGUGUCUCCAGGUUACUGAUUGAUUCUCAGAUCACACUUGGCCUUACUGGUGUGUUGAUUGUGCUCCUCUCUGUAUUUGGGGCUAUUGGCUUUUUUAGCUACCUGGGGGUACCAGCGACACUGAUUAUCAUUGAAGUGGUACCAUUCUUGGUACUGGCUGUAGGAGUUGACAAUAUAUUCAUCCUAACACAAGCAUUCCAGAGAGACGUAAGGAGAACUGAUGAGACAUUAGAGGAGCAGGUGGGACGUAUUGUUGGCAAGAUUGGACCAAGCAUGCUCCUUACUAGUUCCUCAGAGGGUGUAGCAUUCUUACUAGGUGGAUUAACCAAUAUGCCUGCUGUGAAAGUAUUCUCCUUGUAUGCUGGGAUGGCCGUCCUCUUUGACUUCCUCCUUCAGAUCUCCUGCUAUGUCAGUGUAUUGGCCCUAGAUGCUAAGAGACAAGAGAGAAAUCGCUACGACAUCGGCUGUUGUGCUAAAUCAGACACCAUGGAGGAAUCUGAGAAAACUCCUGGCAUCCUGUACCAUGUCUUUGAGAAAUACUACGCACCAUUCCUCCUCCAAGAUUAUGUCCGUAUCACUGUGAUGGUUGUUUUUAUGGGAUGGGCGUGUGCAUGUGUCGGGAUGAUUGGCCAUGUAGAGGUGGGACUGGACCAGAAAUUAUCCAUGCCAGAGGAUUCAUAUGUGCUGAACUACUUCAACAACCUAAAUGAGUACCUCUCUGUUGGCGCCCCAGUGUACUUUGUGGUGGAGGAUGGGCACAAUUAUACAUCAAGAAAGGGCCAGGACAGUAUAUGUGGGGGCAAUGGGUGUCCAGAAAGUUCUCUCCUAGGACAGAUUUAUACAGCUUCUAGAAGAGAGGGAACAAGGAUUGCCCAUCCUGCUUCAUCUUGGUUGGAUGAUUACUUUGACUGGCUGGCACCUGGUGGUAACCCUCAAUGUUGCAGACAGUUCACUAACAAAUCAUUCUGUCCAGCAACAGUGCCCCUGACUGGUGAGAAAUGUACCAAUUGCCCUGUACACUACUCUGGAGGGAGACCAGAUUCUAAGGAUUUCAUACCUUUCCUGCCAUUCUUCCUUAAGGAUAACCCAGGGAUAAAAUGUGCAAAGGGAGGCCAUGCAGCCUACGGGACUGCCGUAGACCUGAAAACAAAUGACACCCAAAUAAACAGCACAAAUUCAAGUACAACUUCCAUAGGAGCAACAUAUUUCAUGACCUACCACAGUAUACUGAAAAACUCAACAGACUAUAUAGAGGCAUUGAAAUAUGCUAGGAAGAUCUCAGAUAACAUAACAGCUAGUAUAUUAGCUGAAAGACACAACAAUAUUCCUCCAGGGGAACCAGGCCAUUAUUCUAAUAUGAGUGUUACUGAUAAAACAUACAAGGUGUUUCCUUACAGUAUCUUCUAUGUAUUCUAUGAGCAGUACCUUACCAUUGUACAUGAGACCAUAAUCAACUUGAGUACAUGUAUUGGCUCCAUCUUUGCCAUCUCAUUCAUCUGCCUGGGCUUAGAUAGGUAUUCAGCAAUAAUCAUCACCUUUGUGAUUGGUAUGAUACUGUUGUCUAUGUUUGGCUUGAUGUUCCUGUGGAAUAUCUCUCUGAAUGCGAUAUCACUCGUCAACUUGGUCAUGUGUGUUGGUAUAUCAGUCGAGUUCUGUUCACAUAUAGUUCGAGCAUUUGCGAUCAGUGUGCAUGAAACACGAGUGCUUAGAGCUAAACAUUCACUGGCUCACAUGGGAAGUUCAGUGCUAAGUGGUAUUACAUUAACUAAACUAGGUGGUAUAAUUGUGCUUGGGUUCGCACAUAGUCAACUCUUCAAAGUGUUUUACUUCCGAAUGUACUUAGGAAUUGUACUGUUUGGAGCUACGCAUGGCCUUAUAUUCCUACCAGUAUUAUUAAGUUUCAUAGGGCCUCCGAUUAACAAAGCAAGGCUAUUUGAGGCUUAUCAGAAAAAUUCCAACAAACAUAGAGUGUCGUCAACAGAAGAAAGAGAAGCCUUACUCAAGAGUGCUAUCAACAGUGAUAGUGCAAAAAGAUAUGAGGCUAUAUGAGAAAAUAUUGAAACUAGAAAAUCAAAAAACAGACUCUUAUGUGCAAGGACUGGUUCAACUUCACUUGUGAAAUUUAAGAGCUGAUGACCAAACUUUCAUCAGGGACUGAAAACUGAAAUUAAAACUUCAUAUUGGGUAAGAUAUAACUCAGAUGUUUCACUGAUCUGAAAUGGAAUCAAUGAAAUGGACAAAUGCUGGAAGUGAUAUUCCCAGAUUGAUUUGUAUCAUGCCGAAGGGAUUGUGUAAUACUAGCUAUGACAAACAUUGGUCAGGGAUCAAGUGAAGAUCAUUUCAUGAUUUACGGGCAACAGUUCUGUAAACAGGGAUGAGUGCACUCACCACAAUGAAGUGUACAAUACUAGAGAACAAUUUCAGUACUACAAACCAUGGUACAAUACUAAAGUACAAUAUCAUUGUUCUAAUAAUGGUAGACUACAGUGCCAGAGAACAAUACCUCUGUACUAACUACACUGUAGAGUGUAGACUACAAUACAAGAGUACAAUAUUAGAGCACAAUACUUGGGUACAAUACCAAUAUCAUGUUGGCCUAACAGCAUUGAUAAUCAAAAUGU